AUGAACGGAAUUUUUCCAGCCGACCUCGCGGUCUACCUUUUAUUAGCUCCAAUCGUCCUCUACAUUUUCUUCACCCAUCGAUGGUCAGGCUUCCUUCCAUGGUACUACCUCAGCAUCUUCUGCCUUGCGCGAAUCAUCGGAGGAAUACUUGGUAUCCACGAUAGUGAUGGGUUACCGGCCAAUAUCAUCCAAAGCGUGGGCCUCACGCCUUUGAUUCUCGCGGUAGACGGAUUAGUUCACGAAGGACGAGUCUACCGCAACCCAUCUUAUAGUCGAAUCCUCAGCUGGACUGUUGUCGCCGGGACUUCAGGACUUAUGAUUGUCGCACUCUCUCUCACAAUAACGGGCUCGUUGAAUAUCUUCGAAGGACAUGCCAAGUCCGGCAGUUAUACGCAGUGGAAAGUCGGUACGGUUUUGAUUGUCGUGGCCUGGGCUUUCCAGGUAUUUUGGUCGCUGUUCUCUUUGCUUCCUAGCAGGGGGUCGAAGGGUUCUCCUGGAUAUCAUGGUGGUACUGCUCUCAUCCAGGGAGCCUUUGUUGCCCUUCUCUUCCUCGGCGUGCGGGUUUUUUAUGGAAUUGUCUUUAUUUUCACCCAGAGAAGAGAUCUCAGUCCCAUUUAUGGAUCGCUUGCUGUUCGAGUCGUUCUCAUGUUUCUUCCUGAAGACUUUGCGGCUCUUACGAUGACUGUUGUAGGUCUUCGGACGAGAAAUCUCCGGGAGACCAAGCGUGUAUCUCAGUAUCAGGGAGCUAGUAUGUAG